CCUUGGAACAGAAUUCUUUAUAUGGCAACAGUCAACACUUGUCAAACCCUAGUACGUUGUUUGUCAAGUCGUGUCAAUUUUCGGAAUAACAAACGGUUAUCUUGCGUUAUUAUGUCGAAACCCAUAAAAAGUUCAGCUAGGAGGUUAAUUUAUACAAUGAUGUGUAAAUUUAAAGCAAAACAAGAAGAGCGAGCCUCUGCCUUUCGCGAGAAAGAACGAUAUUUCCAUGAAAUAAUGGCUGCCACAGAGAGGAUAAGAGAUAAAGCCGAUGACAGCAGCUUAAAUGAGUUGAAUGAUAUUAAUAAUGCUGUGAAGAGUUUACAACAACUAGAGGAAAAUAGUCGGCUCAAAACGGAAAUUCAAUUUGUGCAAGAAAUUUCUGCAAUGACAGAUGUUGGUACAGCUACUAUCAAAAGAAUAAAAAAAGAAGGACAGUCAAAUGCAGGUGUUUGGAAUACUCCCGGGAAAAAGCGUCCACAUAAACCAACAGUUGCCAAUUUGGAUAGUUUUGACAUUAACGCGAUCAGGCAGAAGAUCAAUGAAUACUACACAGUGAAGAAACAGGUGCCUACUUUACGUACCUUGUUAACAGAUUUAAGAGAGAGCAUAGGAUUUACCGGAUGUCGUGAAACGUUGCGCAAAAUUUUAUUAUCCAAUGGCUUUGAGUUCAAAAAAAAUAUAAACGAACGUAGUAUAAUCAUGGAGAGAUAUGACAUAGCAGCAUGGAGGCACAGAUUUUUGAGAGCCAUUAGUAAAUACCGCCAGCAAGAAAAGCCGUUAAUUUAUUUGGAUGAAACAUAUACCUAUUCAUCAAAAUUAUAG